AUGCAAAUUUUCGUUAAGACCCUGACGGGUAAGACCAUCACCUUGGAGGUGGAGUCCUCGGACACCAUCGACAACGUGAAGGCGAAGAUCCAAGAUAAGGAGGGGAUCCCGCCGGAUCAGCAACGUCUGAUCUUCGCGGGUAAGCAACUCGAGGACGGCCGCACGCUCGCCGACUACAACAUCCAAAAGGAGUCCACGCUCCACUUGGUGUUGCGCUUGCGCGGGGGUGGUAAGAAGCGUAAGAAGAAGACGUACACCAAGCCGAAGAAGGUCAAGCACGUGCACAAGAAGGUGAAGCUCGCCAUCUUGAAGCUCUACAAGGUUGACGACGCCGGCAAGGUCGAACGCCUCCGCAAGGAGUGCACGUCCGCGACGUGCGGCGCCGGUGUCUUCUUGGCCCACCACUUUGACCGCGUCUACUGCGGCAAGUGCGGCGCCACGCACAGGCUCUAA